CAGUUCUCAACUACCUUCUCUUAAGUUGUUUGAUGUGUCAUGAAGAACACGGUGUAUGGUAGGAGUGAAGAGCUGCUGAAAAAUUCAAGAAUGAGCGUAAGUCAAAUAAGCCAUUUGGAAAUUUUAUACUGUCGUCUCUGGACCCCAUUUCAGUUUUAAUUAUACAAAGAUAUUUCUACUAUGGAUUUACUCAGUGUUGGGCAUAAAUUUGGAAGCAUGAUUUUCAAAUUAAUAGGAGAAGAAGCUGGAACUGAAGAAUUCAGGCAACAGUCAGUCAUCUAUUCCCAUUACUCAGCAUGCAACUCUUUCAUCAAUUUUGCAAGCACAAAACUUACUCCUAAACACAAGAUCCGAGUCAAGCGCUUGCAUCGCAACGACUCCCCACAAACUGUAUGCAUUACCCAAGAACCUAAUAUCCAGCGUAUUGUGCCUCUGAGAGCCAGGAAUCCUUGUGGAGAAUCAUCAGAUCUUCAGACAAUAAGUGUGAAUAAAUCCAUAACCCGGAAAUUUGGCAGGCCACGUCGCAACGCUCAAGGCUACAACUACGCUGCUCAGCUGUGCUUCAUGAAGGAUGAAUGCUUCGCUUCAUGUGUUGGAGUGUCGCGGUCAACCUUUGAGGAUCUCAUGACACGCAUUAGUGAGGUGACCAGAGAUACAUCAGCAAGACGCAGUCAAGAAAUAUGCCUAAGAAUAAGACUUCUCAUGACCAUCAUAUAUUUGACUAGCAAGAAAGUAUACAAGGAUCUACAUAACUUAUUUGGCUACUGUGAAGCUAAUAUCUGCAGGCUGGUCUGCAGGACUAUCAAUGAUAUCAAUUUGUUGAGCACCAAUGCCAUCAAAUGGCCUAUUUCGCCUGAAUCCACCGCUGAUGAAUUCUACGAGGUUCAUCAAUUUCCUGGUGUUCUUGGUGCUAUUGACGCCAUGCAUCUUGUGUCUCGAGCGCCUGAGAAGAUGCACGAUGAAUACCGAAAUUCACGAGGAAAAUAUACUAUCAUUCUGCUUGCAAUUUGUGAUGCCCAAAAGAAAUUUACUUACGUUAGUGUUGGUUAUCCAGGGACGUUUACAGACCAAAAAUGCCUGGAAAGCACAGAUUUGGGCUCCAAUCUGGACAACAUUCCCAACGACUAUUUCCCACUUGACAAAUAUCACUUGAUUGGUAGUGAAAAUUUCCAGCUACGAGAUGGUUUGAUGGUUCCUUUUAAAGCUCAUGAGGUCAACAACGACCAAAAUCUUGAUUUCAAUGAAAGGCUCCUGAAGACGCAGUCCAUCACGCCUUCAACUUUUGUAGAAAUGAGAAGCAGGUUCCAGACUUUGAAUAAACUGGAAAUGAGUAUAGAGAGAGUGGUAGAAUUUACGACAGCCUGCUGCAUCCUGCACAACGUCUGCCUCGACAACAACGACCAUUGGGCAGGGCCCUUGAUAACAAAUGAAGACGCCACAAGUCUCAACCAUCCCGAGCCUGAGAUCGUUGCCGCACCAGCCUCAGCUCUUGCGAAGCGAGCUCGUCUCGUGGACCAAAUGUGCCAGGCUCUGGAUUCGUAGUAAACAAGCGCGUCUCAUCAGAGCUUUAAUUCAUCUUGGAGUGUGAAUAAAAAUAUUCAGUGUUGUGGCUGCUUGAUGGCUGAUCGGUACUAAAAACAGUAACAAUGUAGUAUUUAAUUUGUACCAUUGAAUAAUAUUUCAUAUGUUAUUUUUUUGCCUUGCUUUGAAGUUAGCUUCCAUUUAUAGAUAUGUUUUGGCAUCUCCAAAAAAAUUAGUAUAAUAAUGGAACGAGUGCCUUACUUAAUCUUGUGUGAUGAGCUGGCUGACAAGUCUUUGUGUUGACAGUAUUGUAUCUCAUCGUUUUUAGUUUCGCUACCUGUUACGAAUGUGAGGAACCUAGUCCCAAAUACGCUACCUGUUACUAGUUCCGCAUAUCAUAAUGUGAGGAAUCUCAAUGUUUAUUCAUCAGUUGAGCGGCAUUUCUAUGAGCACAUUAUCAAUUGGUUUUUAUCCUGCAGUGAAACGCGACUACCGAUUGGGGUCAUGCAUUGCCUAUAUACAGAACCUUGUCUAUCUAAGUAACCUCAUGAUGAGCCAGUGAUUGUAGUAACUAGACUUUACAUAGGAAGGUCAAAAACUGUAGUAAACUAUUGCUUGUAUUGACUAAUAAUCAAGUAGAUAUAUAAAUGACAUUUGUUAGCUUAUAUGACUAUCGAACUAUAUUAUUACGUUACCAAUAUUCCGUUCAAUCUUCUGCCGCAAAGAUAACACCAAUCAAUAGAACCCAGCGAGUGUAAAUCCUAAAAUUGAACUAUGAACAAUAACGUACAUUUUCACUCAUUAUGAUAAUCUUGCAACCAGACUACAUCUAGCAGAUUAUUAUUAAAGUCCCAACAUGCUGCUAAAGUUGAAGGUCUGUGCUUUUCUCAGGUGUACGUUAUUGCCACCAAUCUUGCUGUCGUGCGAAGUCUAGCAAUUCAGUACUAAUAUGUAAAGAAUCGAGAUGAGAUUCCCUAAGCAAUCCGCCGUUCUAUAAUGCUCAUCGCAUAAUGACUUUAAUUGCACCCACUACAGCCAUUAUUCACCCUCAAAUUAUCUCUCACAAUCGCCACCACAUAAUGAUCGACAUCAGAUUGUUAGUACGACCUAUUACCUAUCUCUCACAAUCGCCUCCACAUAUUCCUCAUCAGAUUGUUGAUGCGCUCUAUCAUCUCUCACAAUCGCCACCAUUUAAUGAUCGCCAGAUUGUUAGUACGACCUAUUAUCUCGCGCAAUCGCCACCACAUAUUCCUCAUCAGAUUGUUGAUGCGCUCCAUCAUCUCUCACAAUCGCUUCCACAUAUUCCUCGCCAUGAGAUUGCUAGUACCUUCUCUCAUCUGUCGCUAAUUACAAACUGAUGCUACCAU